AUGUACGACUUCGACGUGCCCACUGACUUCGGUCAGGCCACUGUGCGCAUUGGUCUACCACCUGCCUCGCUCCUCAACUUCCCUCCCAACGAGCUCCCAGUGACCAUUCCCGCACCGCACGUCGACACCGCUACCUGGAAGCAGCCCUUCAAUAUCCCCAAUGGGCUCUACAACGAGCUCCUGGACGUGCGCGUCCCGAUCACCAUCGCCAGCGUCUACGCGAUCACCGUGGUGCUGAUCAAUCGCAUCAAUAAGAGCCGCGGAUACAAACCCUACGCAUUCAGCAACACCCGCUUAUUCAAGCUGUUUGUCGUCCUUCACAAUGUUUUCCUUGCUGUGUACUCGGCGUGGACCUUUGCCGGCAUGUUCCAGGCCUUCAGCAGCUCGUUCCCAGACCGCGAGGAUCCUCAUGGUCUGGUGGGUGUGGUGGAUUCUUUGUGCAAGAUCAAUGGGCCUCGUGGAUACGGUAAUGCCGCUACCUACAGCCCGGUCACCAACACCUGGUCCAUUCCCAACUCCUCUUUUCACUUGACGAACGGUAUGCCCGAUCCCACCGACGUUGGUCGUCUGUGGAACCAGGGUCUGGCAUACUUCGGUUGGCUUUUCUAUCUGUCCAAGUUCUAUGAGGUCGUGGAUACAGCCAUCAUCUUGGCUAAGGGUAAGAAGAGCUCGACUCUUCAGACUUAUCACCACGCUGGAGCUAUGAUGUGUAUGUGGGCUGGUAUCCGCUACAUGGCUGCUCCUAUCUGGAUUUUCUGUCUGGUGAACUCGGCUAUCCACGCCAUGAUGUACACCUAUUACACCAUCACAGCCCUUCGCAUUCGUGUCCCCAACCCCAUCAAGCGCAGCUUGACCACCAUGCAAAUCACCCAAUUCGUUUUCGGAACCAACAUGGCCGCUGCCUACCUCUUCGUGCACUAUACCAUCCCAUACCCCUCCGGCAGCACUGCCUUGUCCAACAUCUCCGCAGCUGCUUCAGCCGCAGCCAGCGCCGAGACCGGCGCACUUCCCUGGUUGAAGAAGCUUGCCUUCCGCGCCGCAGGCGCCGAGGGCAUCGCCGAGAACGUCGGUACCUUUGGCACCGCCCCCGUUCAACAGUCCGGCUACUCCCAGGAGAUGGUUACCUGCAUGGACACCACCGGACAAGCAUUCGCGAUCUGGCUCAACGUCUCCUACCUCCUGCCGCUGACCUACCUCUUCGCACGAUUCUUUGUGCGCUCCUACCUCAACCGCAAAGAUCCCGGCGUCAAGCAGCCAACCCACAUGGAAGCCGCCGAGAAGGCCGGCAUGGAUGCGCUGAAGAGUCUCAGUCGCGAGAUCCGCAAGGCCGCUAUCGAGGGCGAGAACAGCGAGUUCACUACCGAUGACGAGGUGAUGAAGGCACGUGUGCAGAAGAUCGCCGAGGCUUCGGCUCCGGACUCCCCGAUCCGUACGCGCUCUGCGGCUUCCAAGAAGGCUUCGGCUUCGGCUUCCCGCUCGGAGUCUGAGCAGGGUUUUGCUCCUGUUCCUUCUAAGAAGGGUGCUAAGAAGUCCAAGGCUGAGAAGAGCUCGCCGUCUCCCAAUACGAAGGGAGAGAACCCUUUCGGGGUCCUGGAUAACAACGCUUAA